CUGAAUAGAAGCCCACCUUCCACCCCUGACACCAUGACCAACUGUUGCUCCCCUUGCUGUCAGCCUACGUGCUGCAGGACCACCUGCUGCAGGACCACCUGCUGGAAGCCCACCUGUGUGACCACCUGCAGCAGCACACCCUGCUGCCAGCCCACCUGCUGUGUGUCCAGCUGCUGCCAGCCUUGCUGCCGCCCAACUUGCUGUCAAAACACCUGCUGUAGAACCACCUGCUGCCAGCCCACCUGUGUGACCAGCUGCUGCCAGCCUUGCUGCCGCCCAACUUGCUGUCAAAACACCUGCUGUAGAACCACCUGCUGCCAGCCCACCUGUGUGACCAGCUGCUGCCAGCCUUGCUGCCGCCCAACUUGCUGUCAAACCACCUGCUGUAGAACCACCUGCUGCCAGCCCACCUGUGUGACCAGCUGCUGCCAGCCCACCUGUGUGACCAGCUGCUGCCAGCCUUCCUGCUGCAGCACACCCUGCUGCCAGCCCACCUGCUGUGGGUCCAGCUGCUGUGGCCAAACCAGCUGUGGGUCCAGCUGUGGCCAGACCAGCUCCUGUGCCCCUGUCUACUGCAGAAGAACCUGCUACCACCCCACAUGUGUCUGCCUGCCUGGUUGCCUAAACCAGAGCUGUGGAUCCAGCUGCUGCCAGCCCUGCUGCCGCCCAGCCUGCUGUGAGACCACCUGCUGCAGGACCACUUGCUUCCAGCCCACCUGUGUGUCCAGCUGCUGCCAGCCUUCUUGCUGCUGA